CGAACCCACGAUAGACCUCAAGAAGAAUCUCCGGCCAGUAUAUCCCAACAGCCAAACUGGGCUUCGAUUCUUACGACCUGGUUGUGCUCUCUGCUGGCUUUUUAAUGGACUGUUCUACAAACUGUCAAAUGGUUGCAGAUCUUGUCAAAUAUCACCAACAAUCCAUCCACACUUCAAAGUCCCAUUUCCAUUUCAAGCAGUCCCAGAUUCAGAAUCGAUCUUUCUUUUCCCCCCGGCGCCAUGAUCUUCACUUGGAUUCUUUAUCUGUUUCGUUAAAGAAGCCAUUAAGCAGAUCAAGAUUUCCCCUUUGUGCCCUCUCCUCCCCCACCCCUCCUCCUCGCAGCAGAGAAGAAGCCAUUUCUCAGGCGAGGGAUUCUCUUUGCAGCACUUUAGAGAAGCUUCUCAGCGGUCCCAAACUCGUCGGCAGGAUCAAGAAGGUAAAACCCCCAAGGUUCCGAGUCGAAAUUCCUGUUAAUGAUGACUCGCCCGAGUCACUCUCGCGGAUUGCAGUUGAGGUGUUUGAGAAUAUGCCCAUUAGAAGAAAAGGCUCUAAUGUCAAGAUUCUGAUUCUGUGGCCCGAUAAGAGCUUGGCAGAGGCUGCGAAUACCUUUCUAACUAGUUCCUCCAGCGCCAUUAUUGAGAACCUUGAGGUUUCUUCAGUAACAAAUCGUUUGGGCAGUAUCAGAGUUUCGAAUGAUGUGAUUGUGUUUCUUGCUCCAGAGCCUUCACAGGUUGAAGUUAUGAAGGACAUCACUGGCGGCGUGCAUCCAAAGCCAGUGGUAAUUUUCAAUCCGAAAUGGGGAUUCGAAGAAGAGGGGAUGUUUAGGGAGUUGAGGGAAUUUGUGGGCUCAUUUGAGACUGUGUAUUCAUUCAUUGGGUUGGAGGUCAGAGGGGUGCUGAGCAGAAGAAAAGGGGCUAUUUUCAAGUGCGGCAGAGAUGGGAGAUGGAAUGUGUUGGUUGAAGAAGAAGAAGAAGAGGGAGAGUGGAAGAUGAUCUCCACUUUCAAAACAAGGCCAUCCAUCACUGAAGUGGAGAGUGUUUUGUACAAUUUGAUGGCCAUGAAUUCUCCACUUACAAGGUCUGCAAAAUUCUUGAAGGGCUUGGUGUCAAGGCUCACUGGUAAAAGUUAAACAACAAAUUCCAUCAUUUUCUCAUAGCUCCUCCCUUUGCUUGGAACUAAACCUUGAUGGGUUAGUUUAAAACCUGCUAAAAAUAAAAUGGGAAAAUCUCACUUUGGACCCUCAAAAGGUAGCAAAAAAGUAGAAUACACCCU